CGUCAGUCGAUUGGCAACGUUCGGGCUAUAAGCGCGGCAGCGAGGUCCGUAUUUGGCUUCAAUUGGAGGCGCGUCAAUAAUGCCCCCCAGCGUCGCAUAGGCAACUGGGUUCACUGUCAUUGUCAUACAGGCGCAUAAAUAAAUAGCCGAGUGUACGGCGGCAUCUAUUCAAUUGCAGCUAGUGAGAAAUCAGUCGUAAUUCCUCAUUGCUGGCAGCCAUGGAGAAGUCAUUUGACAUCACACCCUGGAAAUAUGCGCUCUUCACAACAUGCAUUUUGAUAUCGGGCUUUAAUAUCUUAUUCUUCUCCUGUGGCGUUGUCACCUGGGGCUCCGCCGCGUCCGUCUACGGCGGCUAUUCAGCUGCUCUUUGUGGCGCUUUAAUCUUUGCUGUCUCUUUUCUGGGCAUUUAUGUGGCGCUGAAAGAGUCGUAUAGGUUUUCCAACUAUUAUAUUUUGGUUACCAUUUUUACUAUCGUUGUGCUGACCACGUAUUUCUUCAUCUUCUCGAGCAUGAAGAGCCAGCUGCUGCUGAACUUUGAUGAGCGCAUCAAGCGACUCUUUGGAGAGAAAUCCACGCAUAAUGAUACAAUGCAGCCCAUACACAGCCUGUUCCGCUGCUGCGGUCUAGAUGGACCACAGGACUAUCUGGGCAAAGAGGACGGCGGCGCAUUGCCGGCCAGCUGCUGCCAUGGCUUCGAUUGCACCGUUACCUCGCACAUGUUUGAGGAGGGCUGUGUGAUCAAAGCCGCCCAAAGCCUGCAAUUCCAGGCUGAGCUCAAUUAUUAUGCAGCCAUUGUGAUCUUGGCAUUGGAGUUUUUAAGUCUUCUCUUUGCCUAUUUCAUGGGCAAGGCCCGUAAGCUAAUGAAAAUCAAGGACGACGAGGCACCCAUUAAUGAGGAUUAAACAUAUGAUUUGGCCUGCUUUUAGUGAAAUUUAACUAGUUGUAAUACGAGCGAUCUAUGGCUAUGCCAAAAUUAAUUAAUUAAAUAAAUAAUAU